GCCAAAGUGGAUAUCUCAUUACUUCUCAAGCCAGAUGACGAGGAAGAAGCGCCACGGACUUCAGUCUAUCAAUCGCCCCCGACUUCAUCACGGAGACAAUCCGGGCCAUCUUCAAUGGCUUCCACCACCAUUGCCGCCUCGGUAAUCUCCAUGCCAGGCCCAGGCCUAGGCCCGGGCCCGGCAGCCACCAUGUCUCUGGCUGCUCCGUCUCUCCCAUCAGUGGCAGGAUCAAAGCGAAGCGCAUCGUCCCUCAGUCAUGACCCGCCCGCAAAGAAACAGUCGAAAUGGUCGCCGGAAGAAGAUGCCUUAAUCAUCGAGUUACGUGGCAGAGGGAUGAAAUGGGAAGAUAUUAGCAAAAGGCUACCUGGUCGAAGCGCGAUAAGUUGUCGACUUCAUUAUCAGAAUUACCUUGAGAGGCGGAGUGAAUGGGACGAGGACCGGAAAAACAAGCUAGCCAGACUUUAUGAAAGGCAAGCAUCGGAAAUGUGGGCAAAGGUUGCGGAAGAGAUGGCGAUCCCAUGGCGAGCGGCGGAGGCGAUGCAUUGGCAACUUGGAGAGCAAGAGAUGGCGCGUCGUGCUGGCGUGGUGCCUUUCUCUCUGUCUAGUGGCUCCAUUGAGCCUCCUCCAAAAGUUCGACGAAGCAACACGGUCAUGCCCAGGCUCCGGAGACAAUCCAUGUCUGUUGCACCAGUUUCGCAGCGACCCAUACCACCACCAAUCAUGCCACCUCAGGGGCUACCACAGCUACCGUCCGUUGAAGAGCUUACUGCGGGGGUUCCAGCAUACACAUCGCCCCUCACACAGACCAUCAUUGAUCCCUACCGCAUGGCUCGCCCA